AAGUAUAGUCAUCGGGACGCAAAUUUGUGGUCAGUUCUGGUUAAAUGUCCGAAGAAGUACAUUAAAUAUUUACCUUGAUAGACUUCAUUUGAUCUGGCUUAUACAACUCAGUUCCUAUCGGAAAGGACCUCCGCAUCUUCAAGAUCACAGAUAAUUCAACAGAAAGGAAGGAUCAGAGAAUUAUCGUCUAGUUAAGCAUGACUUGGUUUAAUGCCUUUCGUGGAGAUUUUGGGUUUUCUUUCUAUGGAGAAAAAAGGACGCCUGUUACCAUCGAUAUUCAACUCGCUUGUGCUAUCUAUGCAUGUGUUUUGGUUUCCGUGGCAACGAUUAUAGUUGCUAUUGGCGUACGUGGAAAAGAAAGAUGGGUUAAUCUGAUUCGAGCUGUGCUGAGCCUAGGCAUCGGAACAACCAUUAUUUUAACCUCUAUGGGAUAUUGUUGGCAGUAUGGGGAAGUCCGUGUGAAAUCAACCUACGUGUAUAGGUCAGAGGUGGAAUUUUCGGGAAUCCUCGGCAUGACCGUUGGUCUUCGCAGAAUCAAUAUUACAUUGUCAGGCAAUUUCAAUCAAUUUAAAGGGGAAAUAAACUACAAUGAAGCAAUAGACCUCGACAAUGUUCGUGGACCGAUCGAAGAGCUUCGGCAUUGCUUGGGUAGAGGGCUUCCAGUUCCUGUUCUCCAUCUGGUGGAGUACCUCAGUACUGAUGUAGGUGGGUUGAGAUGGGGGAGGAGUUACACUGGAGCUGGAUAUCUGUCUCAUAUCUUAUUAUGGACCUCAUUUGCUUUCUGGAUUCUCACGAACAUUAUGAUAGUGACCGUGGUCUUCUAUGGCGCCUUUUUAUUGACCUUGACUGGGGUGACAAUGGUUCUGGCGUGUGUCACUUUCCACGUGCUGCAGCCUCGACUUGCAUUCAGAAUUCUUGGAAGUGACAUGGACUUAGUCACAUACUAUGGUCCCUGCUUUUGGGCAGCUCUUGUAAUUGGUAUCGUUACAACACUCACUGGCCUCGUCAUAGUUUGUAUGGACUACAAAAUUCCCAAAACAGCAGCAAAAUAUAUUUUGGUUGAGAAACCUUUCGUUAAGGAGGAUGUCUUUACAAGAGAACAGAGGAAAUCCAUUGCCAGUUUACCACAACUGAAGUACGACUUGGGAAAGACAUCCUCAAAUCCAUAUGAUAUGAUCAACCAAGGAUUUGAAAACAGUGAGAUUCUACAAACUCAGGAGAACAGUCCUAAUAGUCAGAGUGACCGAUUGAAAAGAUGCAACACCACUCCUGGUCAGCUCUCCUGUUCGCCAGAUAGCUCACCAGCUCGACGAGGAUCAUUACCGGUUCGUAGUUCGGUAGCUUCCCUAACGUCGAUCAAUGAGCACGAGUCGGAAGAUUCUAAUAGAAGUCCGAAAAUCCACCAGUAUUCUCCUCAAAAUACCAGAAAUGGUACCACAAACCUUCAGAUGACAACCUGUACAACAAUCGACGAAAGCGAAAGAGUCGAUAAGUUAAAGGACGUUUAUAUUGACGUUGAUAUGCAACAAAACUCUCUGCAUGGAACAUUUAAUGCUUUAUAACAAUCUCUGUAAAAUUACUGAGUGCAUGAGUCUGGUGCGAUUUUGAAAAUGCUCACAAAGUGUGUUAGUGCUGUAGUUGAUUAUGAGUGAUAUAAUGAUUGUUUUUCUACACCGUGAUUGUCAAGAAAUUCUGUCUCAGAUUGUGAUAUAAACAUAAUCUAUUAAAUGUAUUUAUAUGUGAUUCCGAAUGUGCCAAAGAUUUAAUCACCAUAACGCAAUGCAUUAUAAAAUAACGUUAUCCUUUCAAGUUUUAUUCACCUUUUCAAACAUUUCUGUCCAUACAAACAUUUAUGUCCAUACAAACAUUGAUUGUUGCCUAACAUGUUUUUAGAUAUAGAUGAAUAGACUUCCGAUACCAUGUAAGGUGAUUUUUAGUACACUUUAGGUAUGAACUAUGUUUAGCGGUAAUUAUUUAUAUCAAUUCAUCCUUUUUACACUGUUUAUGUCAAUGCUUGAUGUAUAUGAACCAACCGUCUUUCAAAUAGUAUAGUGUUCAGUUUUAUGUGGUUAAUGACUAGGGUUACGUAUCACAGAUUUUGCUUUAAUAAUGAUAAAUUGUUUCAGUUAUUGAAAAGCCUGUUUAUAAACCUAUCAAUUAUUUUGCCACCAUUCCCUUUAGAGUGUCCUUUCAUUCAAUCAAACAUUCGAUCAUGUUUGAUUGAUAUAUUUUUUUUCCAUUUAUCAUAUAUGAUAAACAAAUGAAAGUAAAUUUUCUAAAGAAUUGAGAAGAUAUUGUAAAUUAUGAUUUAUUAAUGUAGAGAUUAAUUCUCUAUUGUUUUAUCUAACGUCAUAUUUAUACCACUUAUGAUCAGAGAUGAUAAACUGCCAAGUAUUCCGUUCAUUUUUGGUAAUGAUAUUUGUCGAUUUCAUUUGUGAAAGAAAUGCUAGUUUAUUCACAAUAUGUGAUAAUACAAUUAAGAUUUCAUUCUACCUUAUCUUUAUGAAUAUUGUCAUUAGUUUGUAUUCGCAUAGAAAUAGUAUUAUUCAUAAAACACAUUUGUCAUUACCUUGAAGCUUAUCUUAAUAAAAAAGGAUGGUUACUUUCAUAAUUUAGUGCUUAAUAAUUACACCAAUUACUUUUUAUUGAUGAAUGUCAAAUAAAAUUUGAAAUAAAA